GGUAAGUGUGGUUUUUUCGCUCACCCAGGGAAAAACAUGAAGUUGUUCAUUCUGGUGGCUUUGUUCGGGCUCAGCCUCGCCCAGCACAACCCCCACACCAAGCACGGCAGGACCGCCAUCGUCCACUUGUUUGAGUGGCGCUGGGCGGACAUCGCUGCAGAGUGUGAGCGCUUCUUGGCUCCUAAUGGCUACGGUGGAGUUCAGAUCUCCCCUCCAAAUGAGCACAUUGUUCUGGACAGUCCCUGGAGGCCCUGGUGGCAGAGGUACCAGCCAACCGGCUACAACCUAUGCUCCAGAUCUGGCAGUGAGAACGAGCUGAGGGACAUGAUCACCAGAUGCAACAACGUCGGGGUCAACAUCUACGUGGACGCUGUCAUCAACCACAUGUGCGGUGCUGGUGGUGGAGAGGGUACACACAAUUCAUGCGGAAAUUGGUUCAGCGCUAACAGGAAGGAGUUCCCCACCAUCCCCUACACCUCCUGGGACUUCAAUGAUAACAAGUGCAGGACAGGCAGUGGCAAUAUUGAGAACUAUGGUGACCCCAAUCAGGUGCGCAACUGUCGCCUGGUGGGUCUGUUGGACCUCGCUCUGGAGAAAGACUAUGUCAGGGGCAAGGUGGCCAACUUCAUGAACAAGCUGAUCGACAUGGGUGUGGCUGGAUUCAGAGUGGAUGCCUGCAAGCACAUGUGGCCCGGCGAUCUGUCUGCUGUCUAUGGUCGUCUGCACAACCUCAACACCAAGUGGUUCCCCGGUGGCUCAAGACCCUUCAUCUUCCAGGAGGUUAUUGAUCUGGGAGGUGAGCCCAUCACCUCUAAAGAGUAUUUCCAUCUGGGAAGGGUGACUGAGUUCAAGCACAGUGCCAAACUGGGAAGUGUCAUCAGAAAAUGGAACGGAGAGAAGCUGUCUUACACCAAGAACUGGGGAGAGGGAUGGGGCUUCAUGCCCAACGGCAACGCUGUCGUCUUCGUUGACAACCACGACAACCAGAGAGGCCAUGGUGCCGGUGGUGCUUCCAUUGUCACCUUCUGGGACGCCAGGCUCCACAAGAUGGCUGUUGCAUACAUGCUGGCGCACCCUUACGGAGUGACCAGGGUGAUGUCUAGCUACCGCUGGAACCGCCACAUCGUCAACGGAAAGGAUCAGAAUGACUGGAUGGGCCCUCCCAGCCACGGUGAUGGAUCCACCAAGCCCGUUCCCAUCAACCCCGACCAGACUUGUGGAGACGGAUGGGUGUGUGAGCACAGAUGGCGUCAGAUCAAGAACAUGGCCAUUUUCCGUAAUGUGGUCAAUGGACAGCCUCAGACCAACUGGUGGGACAAUCAGAGCAACCAGGUCGCCUUCGGACGUGGUAACCGCGGUUUCAUUGUCUUCAACAAUGAUGACUGGAACCUGGAUGUGACCCUGAACACUGGCAUGCCCGGAGGCACCUACUGCGAUGUCAUUUCCGGCCAGAAGGAAGGAAACCGGUGCACUGGGAAGCAGAUCAAUGUGGGCGGUGAUGGCCGCGCCCACUUCAAGAUCAGCAACAUGGAUGAGGACCCCUUCGUCGCUAUCCAUGCUGACUCCAAGCUGUAAUCACAACAACUGCCAACUUAAAAUAAAUCUUACUGUAGUCAUCCAGAAAAAAACUGA